AUGGUGUUUUCAUCAAAACUUGCAUAUUUUUCGUUGUUAGCUGUUUUAUACAUCACCGUGUGCACUUCCGAGGCAAAGAGAACCUUUAAACACCACAAUGCUACCUCUCCACAUCCACGUCAUCCAACAAAACCAAGGAUUUCAAAUACAAACACUCCAAGAAAGCCAUUCAAUUUCCCCACAGCAACAGUCACAGCGCCUCCCACUCCUCCCCAUCUGAAUCUGAAUCUCUCAACGACUACAGAACCACCAUUGCCACUUUUCACGCCAGGAGUCAGAAUCCAUCCUGAGUUUGCAGAUCGUCACUGCUUUAUAGAUGAGAAAUUGAGAAAAGAGGUUGAGCUAUUCCACGUCAUCGGAGUUCGCAAUGCCGACGCCAAAAUGAUGAUUGCUGGUCCCCAUGACAGUUUCAACUUUCGCUUUUUCGAGGCGUCUACAGUAACCGCGAGUACUGUAGAAAUCACAACUCCGAUGUCUGUCAACGACUCGACGAGCACAACUGAUUUCUCCACUUCUUCAACAGCAUCUGAGAACUCCACGUCGCCUGAUAUUUCUAACACUACAGACCCCAACACUAUUCUGAACUCCACACGCGACCCAUUUUUCAAUCUGAUGCCACCGAAGAAAGUUACAAAACCUAUUCAAAAUUUUAAUACUGCAUUGGACCAAGUAUUCACUGAUGACAUCACUGUAGCAUGGGAUGAGGCUGCUCAAAAGUUUCAUUUUGUGGUUCCAGACAAGGCUUUCCGGCAUUAUGAAAUCACCUACAAAGUCUACCAGGACAUGACCACUCAUGAUGACCGAACUCUCGCUUUCCGUGUAUUACCACCACCAGCCAUGAGAUCCCGUAAUCUGACAGAGCCCUACACGUGUCAUUAUAAUGUGAAAAAUAACUGCACGAUGUGUGUUUCAAUCGACGACCGUCUGGUGACAGUUGGCUUAUAUAGAAAACAAGAGGAAGUCAAAGAAACCCGAUUCACCCUUCCCAACUAUUUGAGUUUCGACAAAUUCUUCUCGUAUGCAGAUGGUCAAGGGGAUGAUUAUAUACUGAUACAUCAUCGAGGACAAUGGAUUUAUCGAAUCAAUUAUCGGAUGUAUUUGUUGGAUCAGAACAUGUUUUUCAAAGUUUUCCAGUUGAAAACUCACGACGCCAUCUUCGAAUUCGACGAUUUCGAGCAUGCCGAUGAAUUCGGCCUCGUCACAAGAUACGCGGACUACGAUGGACACUAUCGAUACUAUUAUUCGCUGUUCAAUGAGAUCUCAGGUCUCACCACCUAUUGUGUUCAUGACAAGUAUAUCGACGGACGUUUGAUGAUUAUUGGAAGAGAGAAAAUUGAGCCGAUUAAGACUGCUACCGAAGCCCUCCGCCAAACUUUGAAUAUUGAAAAAGGAGAGGAAUACGAGUUCCCAACGAUGCUCCGUGUACUUUUCUAUUGCUCCUUGGUCUACUUAUCCAUAUUUUUGACCAGUCAAAUGAUUCCAUACAAAAAACAGGAUGUUAUGAGAGAUUUGCGCCACACGGAUCGAGAAAUCCAAAGAUUGGCACCGGUUAUCGAGUCGGUUAUGAAAAAAGUACACGCGUUUUUGGAGGGUACGAAGAAGGAAGGAACAAAGAAGAAGGAGAAAGUUAAGAAAAAUAAAUAA